AUGUGUGAAUUCAGUCACUGCAUUGUGUUCAUGAUUUGGGGAUUCAGCUUACUGUUGGGUAGUUUAGCUUUAUCUUUAUUGUUGGAAAUGCUAGUGGAACAGCCAGUGAGUGUGGCUGGCUGGAAGUGCAAUACCAUCUACAAGGGGUUUGCACAGUGCCUGAUUAGCCUCGGAGACAGCAUGGCUCAAAAUGUUCAGAAGCAUCAGGAGGAUGACACCAUCCAGGAUCAAGAGGAGUUGGACACCAUCUGUAGGUCCUGGGAUGACUUCCACACCUGUGCCACUCAGGUUUUGUCCAACUGCCCUGAAGAGGCAGCCAACAUCUGGGAGUCCCUUCGGCAAGAGUCCCAAAAGAUCCAGUUCCGAGGCAACCUGCAUGACCUGUGCAGCUCACGGGCCCAGCUGGCUGGUGAUGGGAGGGCUUUACAUGUAGAUGAGACCAAUCAAGAGACCUUGCGGGGGGCAGCUUGCCUUCUCUGGCCCAGCCUCAUGGGUAGAUUGACUCUUGUGGCUCUUGUGGCUUUGGUACCCUUUGCUUAA